AUGGUGACCACCCCAUACAGUAUUUCUAGAGAGGGCUGUUUGAUUCAUGGAAGCGAGGGCUUGUGUGGCUGCUAACCGUGUUGUGACGUGCUUGGCUUGGCUCUGCUGAUAAAGGCUGGAGCCUGUCACGGGUUUUAUCAAGCCUGUCUCGUGUCUCCCUGAACUCGACUUUCCGCUUCACGGUUUCUGCAUCCCGUCACCCUGACCGUCUCGGAGUUGCCCUUGCGAAACCCUUAUCGGUUUUUUGUUUUGAUAGGCACUCCACGCAGACGACUGGGCUGGGACGUUUUACAGCAUCACAGAUCAGAAUCAGCUAUCAAUCAGGGUUGGAAAAAACCAGUCUUCUCGCAAACCACUGCAUACCCUCUCUAUCGACAUGGCUGCCUGGAAGAGAUACCUGAUCACGUUGCUGCUGGUGGCGUUGUUCGCAACAGUCGCAUUUGCGUCCGAGGAUGUGACGGGAGAGUCAAGUUCGGGAUCGACGGACUCGACAAAAACCCUGAAUGCAAACAAGGCCGGAGCCAUUUUCGUUUUCUUCGGAUCCAGCUUUCUUGGCGUAUGGCUUCCUUUCUUCAUUCCGAUUCACCAAAACGUCCUCAAGUUUGGCAUUCUCUUCUCAACCGGUCUCUUCAUCGGCAUGUCUCUGCUUUACCUAGCAGUCGAGACAUUUGAGGAGUUUGAGGAGCUUGCCGGAAAAGAUUAUCCUUACGGAAUGCUGGUCAUUGUGAUGGGUAUCUACCUCACCUGGCUCUGCGAUCUGAUUGUCAAGACGAUCUGGCGCAAGCGAUCCGGAUCCUUCGAAGAAAAGGAAGAGGAAUUGGGCCCCACAGUCGCUGGCGCUAUGGGAGCGGGCCAGACCAAGGUGGUUGAUGCAGACACCGAGAACCAGAAGCAAGUUGACGUGCAAGCGCUGUCUAUCGUCGAUGUCAUCGUGGUGCUCUUCGCUCUCUGCUUCCACGCGUUCUUCGAAGGCAUGGCUGUGGGCCUGGCGUCGUCGGUUCAGCGAGUGUGGAGCAUGACUGCUCAGAUCAGCGUGAACGAGUUUUUCGAGGGCCUUGCUCUUGGCGUCACUCUCCGCGUUCAAGACACGUCUCGCUCCUUGCUCAACCAUUUCCUCUUCGCCCUUGGAGCGUCGGUCGUGGCUCCUACAGGAAUCGCCAUUGGCCUCGCAAUCGACUCGGGAAGCGGCAAGGAGGCUCGCAACUGGGUGAAGGCCUUUGGAAACGGCAUGGCGGCUGGAGUGUUUAUAUUUAUUGCACUGGGCCAUUUGCUGGCCAAGGGCAUGAAGCCGGGAUCCAAUGAUCGGUGGUGGAUGGCGUUUAUCAAGUGGUUUGUUGCAGGGCUUGGUCUGAUGACCAAUGCCCUUCUCCAGCUGUGGGGAGAGAGCUGAAAGGACAGUUCUGUUGGUUCCCUAGGUGAUCUUACAGUUUUGCACUAGUCAUUGUAUAAAAUAAGUCAAUGAUGCAUUCAAGCAUUAUUGAGUACAUGUGUAGACUAUGAUCCUUGAAGAAACGUGCAACGCAUUUA